UCUAAUACGGCUACUACUAGACCCCGUAUAAUAUCAUUGCUUUGAUCAAACUGAGAAACAUAUCGUUUAGAAUGGACAAAUAAUGGACAUAAGCAGUCUGAUUCUUCUAUAAACCCAACCAUGGCUGAAGCAUUAAAGACUGUCAUCUCCCAGAGUACAGAGUGUCCAGUAUGUCUUUCUACAUUCAACGAUCCCAAGAUCCUGUCUUGUUCUCACACUUUCUGCAAGACUUGCCUGGACAACCUCUUAGAGUGUCAUGGUAACUGUCAGAUCCGAUGCCCUGUCUGCAGAGCUGUGACCCAGGUCCCAAACAAAGAUGUCGGCAAACUACAGGUAAAUCUUGCUUUGAAGAGUCUGAUAGAGGAUAUGGAGGGCCAUCCUCAGAUUUGCACAAAUUGUAAAUCAAAUGGCAAGCCCCAUGCUGAUGUCUACUGCCAAGACUGUGGCAAGUAUCUCUGCACCUCUUGUCUUAAUAAGCAUUCUCAGUGGGAAGGCUUUAUCGAUCAUGAAGUCAUUGCCAUGAGUGAGAUCUCAUCAGGGAAGGUGUCUGUACGUAGAUACCGGAAAUGCAGGAAACACCCGAAAGAAGACGAGGAUUACUUCUGUUGCACCUGCAGGAGAUUCACAUGCUUCAGAUGCGGUAUGAUGGAAUAUAAAGACGACGGACACCAGGUCGUCGAGGGAGCUGUUUAUGAGGACAAACACAUGAAGAGUAUCAAAGACCUUAAAUCUAAGGUGGACAAGAAACAAUCAUGCUUUCAGAAGUACAUUGAUUUCAUUGAUGAGCAGAGGAAGAGUGUUGACAAUGCUAAGAAACAGUGUACAGGUGACAUCAACAAAGCAUAUGAUGAUGCUGUCCGGCAGUUGACAGAAAAGAGAGAAAGCCUGCUGAGAGAAGUUAAGGAAACGACCGAAGGAGUAGAGAAAGAACUGGAAAGCAUGAAGACCACGGCUAAGAAGUACAUCAAUCAGCUGACGACCAUGGCUGAAAUGGUAACUAACAAAAUAAAGAUUCCAUUAGAUAUGGAUACUUUGGCUGCACACGACACUCUGUGUGAAGAGUUACAAGAGGUCUUUGAUCAAAAGGAUCCUGACUACGAGCAGCCGAAGAAAUCGGGCAUAAAGGGGAAAAGUGUCAAGUUCAAGAGAAAUGUUGGAGUGGAUGAGCUAGGCCUUGGAAAGAUCGUUAAUGCAGUUGAAAGAAACGUCGCCUUACCCACUAAUAAAACAUUUGAUGAAAGGGACGUUUCUUUGUACACUAAUAAGAUAGUUAAUGUAAAGAACGUUGCUUUGCUAACUAGCAUGCAUGCCAUGGUUAGUACACCAGACGGUAGAAUGGCAGUAGGAUGUGAUUCAGGUGGCAUCAUCAUUUUCUCUCCUGAUGGUCAGCUUCAGCAGACAGUUCUUAGGAAUGUUAAGAUUAAUGGGAUAGGGUUCCUCUCUGAUGGUCGAUGUGUUGUGAUUGAUACUUCAAACAACAUCACACUGUACACACCGGAGUACACACAAUUGAAUGUAAUGUUUAAGACUCUGAGUCAAGAUGAAGGUUGGGAUUCUGAUCUCACUGUUGAUGGUGGUGAUCAGAUCUAUGUGAGCUACAGGAAAGCCAGGAAGAUCUUGGUAUUUUCAACAGCAGGUGGGCAAGCAAUCAGGGAGAUACCAUGCAACGGGUAUGUACCACAGCAUAUCACUAGUUACCGUGGUUCUCUGAUCAUUUCAUCAGAUGAUACUAUCAGAUUGAUAGACAAACAGGGUGCUGUACAACAUGAAUUAAAGAAACCGGGAAGCAAACUUUACGCUGCUGUAUCUCAAUGGAAUACCAUCCUGAUAGCCAAGGUGAAGCGAGUUGAAGGUUUGGUGAGCAUUGACGAGUAUACAUAUGAACUAAGGCACAUUCGAAACCUUGUUACUCAUUACAAGAUUGAGAAGACUAAUAUACGUUGGUAUAAUUGGUAUUGGUAUUACCUCCAGCAAUACCGAUCAGGAGAGAUCGCUUUCUGCACUCGGGAUAGACUCUGUAUAUUCCGCUGAAAAUAAUUGAUGACAGGAUAUCAUAAUUAUUAUCGCAGAAGAUGGGGGGGUUAUACCCACUGAGUUACCAUUUUCUGCUAAAGUAAGCUGCUAUAAUGUAGAAAUACAUAAAACAAUUGUUGGAUCAUUUCUUUCUCGUUUCUCACCCAUGAAAAAGUAUUUCGCUGAUUACGACUUUUUAUUUUCAUCUUUGCAUGUAUCGACCAUCAUCUUUAACAUGUUUAUCCUCUAUGUGGGGAAAUUAUCGCACUAUGUUAUGCUAUUACAUUAAGUUAUUAAAUAUUUUAUGACAAACCAAAUGUUUCUCUAUUCAUAUACAUAACUGUACAUAAUAUUUGACUCGUAAUGACUAUGGUGGCCGUGAGAUUUUUACUAUUGAUUUUAAAACGUGUAUGGUAUAACUGUUCAUGCGUGUAUACUUGAAAGUUUAUUCAUAAAUUGGAAGAUAUCGUGAUUCUACGCUGUGAAUCUAGACAUUAUUAUAACUUGUGAAUAUAUAAAUAUUAUUUUCAUGGAGAUGGUCUGAUCAUCACUCUUCCAUAUUUUUCGGAGUGUGAAACAUUAAAAAAAAAUUAUUUCAUUUAUGAAAAUAUCACGAAAAAUGCAUAAAUCAGCAUAUAGUCAAUGGAUCUCAAUUUUUAAUUUCAGCUUUCCACUUAAUAUCAAGCAUCAUCUUGUAUCCUAUGUGAGGGAAUUUCUCGUGCUUAGAUAUUAGACAUAAUGUUAAAUAUGCAUAUGUAACAGUAUCCUGUUUAUGUGAUUUGUUCAACUGAUAACCUAUAAUGUUUAUUCAGUUAGAGGGCGCACUCUUACUAAGUAAUAAAGUACCCCUUUCCUCCUGUAAGAAAUCCCUAACUACUCUCUGAUGUUCGAGUCAAGUAAAACCACUUAACAACCCAACCACAACUUGAAACACAUAUUUUAUGGGAAACUAAAUGUUUCUCUUUUCAUACAUGUCAUAUGCAUGCCUAUAAUAUUUGUCUAGCAAUGACUAUCGUGGCAAUGUGAUAUUUACCAUUUAUAUUAAUGAGUGUAUGCUAUACUGUUUAUGGUUUUAUGCAUAAAUUGGUAUAUGUCGUUAUUCUAUGCUAUUAUUCUAUCUAGACAUGAUUACACUGUGUAAAUGUAUAUACUAUCUUCAUGGAAAUGGUCUGAUCUACGCUCUUUAAUAUUUUUCGAAGUAUUUCAAUUUCAAAAUGCAAUUAUAUAUAUAAUUACUUGAAUGUGAAAAUAAACAAACGAAUAUUGCCGGCAUUUAAGAAAAUGGCACGAAAAUGCAUAAAAAUCAACGUCAAGGAUUUCAUUUUUAUUUUGAGCUUUGCAAUCAUCAAGCAUCCUCUUCAUUAUGUUUAUCCUGAAA